GAUGCAUGGGGUGUGUUUUUAAGUAAGGGGUAGGAGGUGGAUUCUCUGAGCAUUUCGGGGAGUACAGGGUGUCCCUUUCAGGUCUGGUUGGUCCGCCCCCUCCAUGAGAAUACCCUGCACAGACCUCUGGGUCCCUAAACGCCAGCAGUGCUGUGAAUGGAGAACUAGACGAGGAGACUGCAGAACAUACCGGCAACAUGAGAGUGCUGCGUUUAGUCCUGUGUGCUGUACUGGCCCUGCUAUGUCUGCCUCAGGCAAGCCAUGGAGUUUCUUACUUUGGGGAUAGCUACUGCCGGAUAGAUGCGGUGCAGGAUCUGUUAAGUUUUGAUCUGUCACUCCAGUUUAAGACAAGCAGACGCAGCGGGCUGCUCCUCCUAGCUGCUGGAAACAGAGACUACCUGUCUCUGGAGCUCAUCAAUGGCAGGUUACAGGCAAGAAUGGAUAUGGGAUCAGGGGAAGUGGUGCUGAGCUCCUCCUCUGGUGUGCAACUUAACAAUCUUAUAGAUCAUCAUGUUUCUCUUACACUACAAGACAACAAACUCACCAUGAAUGUGGACAGCCUUUUUUCGACUUCUGUUGACUUGCAAGGAGAGGAGGAGGACCUCAGUAUUGAUAUAGGUGUGUUCCUUGGAGGCGUAAGAGACUUGGAUGUUCAGUACCUCAGCACUGCUAGCCCCUCCCUCCGUGGCUGUAUGAGCGACAUAAAGUUUGAGUCUCAUCAGUUUAAUAUUUUGUCAUCAGCUACAGCUGUCUGCCAUGACACUAAAGAAGGCUGUAGCAGUGAGUUUGAAGCAGGAGAUGGGGAGGCCACCAGCUUUAUCAGCCCAGACUCCUUUGUAUCUUUCCCAACCUGGACCAGAGCCAACACUGGUUCUCGCAAUAUGGAAUUACUGAUGAAAACUACUAUUGAAGAUGCUCUGCUUCUCUUUCAUCCAGGUCAUGAGUCUGAUUUCAUUGCCUUGGGUAUGACAGGAGGGUACAUAAAAGGCGUGGCAGAUCUGGGCAGUGGCAUAGUAACUCUAAACAACAUGAAAGUAAAGCUGGAUGAUGAUCAGUGGCACAGGAUAAGAAUGCAGGUUGAUCCAAACAGGUUUGAAAUAACAGUGGAUAGUCAGUCCGUCUCUGUUCCUCUAAAUGGAUCAGAAAAACUGGACCUUGUGGGAAAUCUGUACUUAGGAGGUAUCCAGGGGAAAAUGAAAGAUGUAUUCCGUGAUGACUACCUGACUCGUAUGGAAGAGGAGGUAACAUCUGAGUCUUUCAUUGGCUGCUUAGGAGAAAUAAAGGUGAACCAGAAAGACAGAAGCCUACAGGAUGCCCUGAUAACCAAAGAUGUUCAUGUUAAAUGUGAAGGCGAAGAUUAUGACUAUUCCAGCUAUUACGAUUUUGAAACAACCACAACUACAGCCCCACCACGGCUAAGAUAUGUGGGUGUAACACCAGAUGAAAGACACUGUUUACCAACUGAGGACAUGCCAGAGAUCUUUCGAAAUGUCUCUAAGCUCUUGGACGUCACCCCUCUGCUGGUUCCAGAGGGUGGAGAAGCUUUUAUUGAUAUAAGCAACCUGAACCCAACGCUCAAUCUUAAUGCUGCAGGAAUACGACAGUCUCAAAUUAUCUUCACACUUCAGAAUGAUCCUUGGUACGGGCUUGUAGACAUGAAUAUCAAUACGAGGCGCACUAAGAAGUUUACUCUCCUAGAUGUGGUGAAUAAGAAGAUUAAGUAUCUUCAUGAUGGCAAUGAAAAGUAUGGUGAUCAAAUCCAACUAGAAGUGGUUGCACAUGGUUCCAACCUCCCGGAGUGUUUGAAAGCUCCCCACCAAUACAUUCUCCCAGUGGAAAUUCUCCCUGUCAAUGACGUACCCCAGCUUAGUGGUGGAGACAUUGCAAUCACAGCAAAUGGACGAACUCGUCUAAGCCCCAACCUUGUCAAAAUAGCUGAUUCCGAUAAGCGGUGUGACAAGUUGAUUGUUACUGUUACCUCAGAUCCAAACCCUCAUGGCUACUUAGAGAAUUCAGAGCACCCUGGUAGGAACCUGAGAGAGUUCACCUGCAGACAGCUCAAGGAUGGACUUAUUUACUAUGUCGACAGAGGAGGCUCAGUGGGUGGACUCACCCUAGAAGUUUCAGAUAGUAAUCAGAUCAGCCAGUCUGCCAACUUUAGACUGGCAGUUACUCAGCCACAGCUGAGCCUGGUGACGAACACUGGACUACGCCUCAUUCAGGGCAGCAACUCCACCAUAGGAAUACAGAACCUGGCUGUUUCUGCCACUCCCAAAAAUGGCGAUAUUAUAUUCAAUGUUACACAGCCUUUGAGAUUUGGAGAAUUGCGAAUUAUUGCACAUGAUGGCGUGCCAAAGAGAGUGUCACAAUUUUAUCAAUCUGAUCUGGAGCAGAAUAGACUAGUGUACACUACUACAACGUUAGCUGAUCUGGAGGACACAGAAACAGAGUAUAUUCAUUUUAAUGCUCAGCUUGGACAGUUCACUCUUCCAGACAAUACAUUUGUAAUUAAGAUCAUGCCUGCUCAGCUAGUAAUGGCAAAUAUCGUCCCUCUUGAAAUUGUAACAAGGGAGCCAAGAGUUAUCAAACAAUCUGAAUUAGAAGCUAUGGUAAAAGGGAAGAAUAUUGACUCAGCUUUUAUCAGAUACAUCAUUUGGAAGCGUCCGACACUGGGUGCCUUGAUGUUGCGGGAUGGAGAUUUGUCAGAUAGAGAUAGCUUCACCCAACAGGAUAUUGAGGCUGGACAUAUCAGCUACAGACCCACAAUCCACAGGCCUUUUGAUGCUGAGGACAAUUUUCAGUUUAAGGUUUUUGUAGAGGAUCAAUACUCUCAAUUAUACACUUACCCAAUCAGUGUCAAAGCUGACUCCAAUAUCCCUGUACUAACCAAUGAGAGACUGCUGGUACUAAAAGGGAAUGAGAGUACCAUUACUAAAGAACACCUCUGGAUGCAGACUCCACAGUCCACAGACUUUGUGUACAGGAUUGUACAAGACCCUUUGCAUGGACAUCUCAUUCGGGACUCCCCUCCCGGUGUGCCAAGGUUCGAGGGUGCAAUUCAUGUCUUCAGUAAUGAAGAUAUACUCUUAAACAGGCUCAUCUAUAAACAUGAUGGCUCAGAGAUCAGCCAUGACCAAUUCACCUUUCUUGUCUUUGAAGUAAAUACAGGUAGCACUAAUGUGCAGACUGAAGGACAGGAGGUGCUCAAAGGAACGUUCACCAUAGCAGUCCAGUCCAGAAAUGAUUAUGUACCUCAGAGGGUCAUUAAUAAACCCUUCCAUGUGGUAAGAAAUGGCCAGCGUUUACUGAAAACCGAUGACAUUCUAUUCAGGGAUGACGACUCUGGCUUUAAUGACACCCAACUGGUUUAUGUUCGCAUGGGAAUUCUCUCAGGUAGCAUUGUGUCUUCUGCAGACGCUUCACAACCCCUCUACCGUUUCACGCAGGCAGACCUGAGAGAUGGGAAUGUUCUGUUUGUCCAUCAUGGUGCUGACCGGGAUCUUUUUCAGCUUCAAGUGUCUGAUGGCUUGCACAAGACCACAGCACUGCUAGAGGUGCAGGCAGGUGAACCAUACCUGCAUGUAGUCAAUAACACCAUGGUUGUCAUGGACUAUGGAAGUACCAAGACUCUGGACACCAGUCUUCUGGGCACAGAGUCCAACAUGGACAUUAGGAGUGCUUCAGAAAUUAUAUAUGAUAUAAACACUCCUCCUAGUGAUGGCAGGAUUAUAGUCAGUGGUGUUGAGGCUACUCGGUUCACUCAGGAAGACCUCAAGAAAGGUGUGGUAUCCUAUGAGCACAGUGAUCAGAGCCUCCAGUCCACAGACUCAUUCACCUUCACUGUGCGUGCAAAAGACAUGUCUGAGAAAGACACUUUCAGAAUUAAGAUCUUCAAGCAAGGAUAUUUGUCUGAACCUCAAGUUACCUCCAAUAAAGUGAUCAUUGCAUAUGAGGGUGAGCAUUCUGUCAUCGAUCAGGAUCAUCUCAGGGUGGAGCAGGCCGACAUCUCGCCUACAGAGAUAGUGUUUAGCAUUAAAGAACCUCCACGUAUUGGCCAUGUGGUCAAACUGACCAAUGAUACUGAGAGCACAGUGUCUCCUGUGCUGGACUAUAUCCAGUCUUUUACACAAGAGGACAUAAAUAUGGGCACAAUCUUGUAUGUGUCAGCCUCACUACAGGGUCAAGACAUGUUCACUCUAGAUGUCAGUAAUGGCUUCACCAUAGUCGAGGACCUAGAGGUGCAGGUGGACAUCAUGCCCCGGCUCAUACCUGUCCAAGUGGCCAACCUCACGGUGAGGGAAGGAGAUGCUGUGACUUUUUCCGAAGACAUUCUCAACAUCACGCACCCUUUCUACCGGUCUGUUCAUAUUGAAUUCCUUAUGGAGGAGGCACCUCAACAUGGAGAGAUCAGAUAUCUGGACAGGGAUGAUGAUGGGCUUGUCUCUUUCACCUGGGAUGAUGUGCAGCAGGGAACAGUCUACUACCUUCACGACAGCACAGAGACCACAGAGGACAGUUUCACUUUCUCAGCCACUGCUUUUGAGUUAAUGCGCCGCAGCCUCCCCAUCACCAUCAGCAUCACAGUGAUCCCCGUCAACGAUGAGGCGCCACAGCUGAGGCACAACACAGGCCUGGAGCUUCUUGUUGGUGAAGAAACAGAAAUCACAAGCAAAGCACUGAGCACAGAAGAUAUGGACACCCCUCCAGACAAGCUGGUAUACAACAUUGAGGCAACCAAGAAUGGAAUCAUUGCUCUGAAAGAGUCACCUGAUUACAGUAUUGAAAGAUUCACCCAAGCUCAGAUCAACAACGGCGAAGUCAUUUUCAUCCAUAAAGGAUCUGAAUCUGGCAGUUUCAGUUUCACAGUGACAGAUGGAGACCACACAUCUCCUCUCCACCGCUUCGUCGUUGCUGUCCGGCAGCUGACAAUCUCCAUGGAAGUACAGGGCGAGCUAAUGGUUUUUCCUGGCUCCAGGCAAGUCAUCAAUAGUGAUAUCCUGCGAGCAGUGACCAGUGAGGAUGGAGAUGAGAUCAACUAUUCUCUUGUGAGGCCUCCACGUCUAGGACGAAUCAUUAAGCCCAACCAGAGUGGACAAUUUGAGGAAAUCAGCCAAUUCACACAAACAGAGCUGGAUGCUGGUGCAGUGUAUUAUGAACACCAGAUGCCAUUGGAGUCCUUCUGGGUAGUAAAAGACACUGUAGAACUUGAGCUCUCAUCACCGCCAGCGGCAAAGCUCCAACACAUUCUCCCUGUUACAGUGUCGUACUUUGCCACCCAUAGCAAUGUGUCUUCACAGCUGUGGAAGAACAAAGGUAUGUCAGUGGUGCAGGGGCAAUCAAAGGUGUUUGACAUCUCCAUUCUGGAUGCAUCCAACCUGCUAGGCAGUGUACCACAAGAAAAACGGGCAGGCCAGGACAUAGUUUUUGAGGUACGGCAGUUCCCUAUACAUGGCCGACUCACUCUUGGAGGUGAUGAUCUUCCCCGGGAUGCACCCUAUUUCCUGCAAGAUGACAUCAGUGAAAGGAAGCUGGAGUACUACCAUGAUGACUCAGGAGCAUCUUCAGACAGAUUCUCUUUCCGUGUGCGGCUGAACCCCCAUGGCCGUCCCCCUCAGGCUGUACCAGGUGCCGUGGUGCUGGAUGAGGUCUUUCUUAUCUCAAUCAGACGAAGGGACGCCAGCCCCCCAGAGCUAGUCAGUCUGGACCUGCUGCUGGAGGCUCUGCAAGGAUCUACUAGUGUACUGUCCAAGCAGUACUUCAACACUAUAGACCAAGACAGUACACCAGAUGAGGUCAGAUUCACUAUCUUAAAGGGCCCUACUAAUGGGCACAUCAUCUACAAGGAUACUGGGGAGAAGAUCACACAGUUCACCCAAGAGGAGGUGAACAUGGGCCAGGUGGCAUUUGUGAGCGAUGGUAGCUUGUCUGAAGGUUCACUGGAGUUCACUGUCUCUGACGGGAAACACCAGUCAGAGCCACACAUGAUGCGCAUUGGCAUUAUGGCUAAGAAACUUACGCUUAAUAAGGUGCAGGAGAUCCAAGUCAAGCAGGGAGAUGAUGAGACUCCUAUCACAGAGGCCAUGUUGAAAGCAUCCACAGGAGGGCCAACAGAGGAAGAAGUGCUAUAUAAAAUUACAAAAGUUCCCAAGUAUGCAGUAGUGAUGGUGGACAGGCAGCCUACCUCUGCUUUUACCCAAAAACAGAUUAGGGAAGGGAGAGUGAGUGUUCGCUUCAUCAAGUCCACUUCUUCAAAUGACAGUUUUUCCUUUGUAGCCCGCAGCAGAGCAGCUAACGUUUCCUCCAGCCUCAACAUCACAGUAAAACCCUUAGUAAAUGUGGCCAAGGAUCCCUUACUCCCACGUGGCACUAUAGUUCUGGUGGACAGAAAGCUGUUAGAUGCCACCCCACUUGCCAACAAGACCAAAACUUCACCAACCUUCAGCUUGACGCAGCAGCCAAAGGGAGCAAGGUUCAUAAGAAGAGGAGGGUCUGCAGAUGGCCAGCCUGUGGAAUCCUUCACCCAGAGAGAUCUAGAUGAGGGACAAGUGGCUCUAGAGGUCCUGAACUCCACUGGGGAUCCAAAGGGCAAAGGUCAAGAUCAGGAUGAGGCUCGCUUCCUCCUCAAGGCACAUGGAGUUCCUCCAGCAGAGUGCACUCUUUCCUUCCAGACAGUGCCUUAUGACCCAGCAGGAAUCUAUGAUGCCACAGUACUUAAGGUCCCCCCAUCUGUGGCCAACUCUGACACAAGUAAAGCAGACCAGCCUGAUGCCAGAUGGAGAGGGGAUGGGAACUAUGAAGCAGGUCCCACCACACCCUCUACCAGCUCCAAUAAAUCGCCUGUUUCUAGACGGAACUCAGUAUGGGCCAUCCUUAUCCCUAUAUUAGUUAUCCUCCUUCUACUACUCGUAGCUGGUCUGCUAGCAUACUACCUGGUGCAUCGCAACAAAACAGGAAAGCACAAUGUCCAGAAUGCUGCCAGCAAGCCAAAAAAUGGAGAGGUGGCUCAGGAAACCUUCAGAAAAACUGAUCCAGCGAAUAACAUCCCCAUGUCCAAUAUGGAGUCUAAAGACGCAGAUCCUGAAUUACUGCAGCACUGUCGGACAACAAACCCAGCCCUGAAAAAGAACCAGUACUGGGUAUGAGGGGGAAAAUUAGGACUCCAUUCCAUCAUGCUGUAUUGACGUUUAGUGUAUAUUGACAGAUUCGCAUAUAGGAAUUAGAAUUUUUUUGUGGACACUUUCUUGAGUCAUUCCUAACAGUAUUAUAAAGAUCUCCUCUUAUACUAGUGGUUGAGAAAAAUCGUUUUGGCAAAUAAUUUAACUUUUGUUCAAUUAGCUGUCAUGCAGUCAGUGCGUGUAAACACUUCUCACAUGAAUCUGCUUCCGUUUUACACUGAUGAAGGACCAAGUCUUAUGAGGACUGGUUUAUGCACCUUUUCAUAGUUAGAAACAGAUUCUAAUAAAAGUCUACAGUUCUCAUAGAAAGACCCAGUAACUUCAGGUUGGGCCCAAACAUGAUUACAUGUUUGUAUAUUACUUAGUCAGGUAAAACAUCAGGUUAUUUGCCAAAAAUAUUGUACAGUGUACAUUAUAGCAAUGAAGAUAUUUUGAUAAAGUUUUUUAAGAUUUUCAGUCAGCGAGAGAACAAGCAAUGCGUAAAAGUUGAAAUUAAUUUUUAAUAUUUAAAUUGAUCUUUUGGACAUGAACAUUACUUAAUAUGUUUGAAAUUUUUUAUGUAUUUUGAAAGUAAAUAAUUUGCAAGUUUGUUCAUAUUAAUAAUGAUGCAUGAAAUAUGGCCCCAAUACCCCAAUAUAUAUAUAAAAUCUAAAUAUGGUUAAUAUGGUAUUUUUAAUAACGUAUAAAAGAGGGUAUAUGGGUAAUUUUUUAAUUGAAUUAGGGUGGGUUUUUUUUUUUCUAAAAAUAUACAAUAUUAUUAUUAUUAUUUUUUUAAUCAUCUAUCUGUAGCACAUUGUGCCAUAAAUCCCUCAGUGCUUUGGUGAUGUAGCUGAAACAACUGAGAUUUUAUACAUACAUCCACUGGACUGAUUUAAGGCACUGAAGAACAAUUUCUAUAUAAGUCUAUAAGUAUAUAUUACUGAAGCCAUACGGAAGUGACUCAGCAGUGGCUGUGUUGACAUCUACAUUUCUUUUGGCUGGUACAACUGAAGUUGUGGUCAUUAUUCUGAACUGGUGGCUCUAUUUUCCAUUAACGUAAUCGAGCUCAGUCAAAAACGAAUUUUCGGAGAAGCUAUAAUUAUAUAUUUAGUCACAGGAAAAUAUGGGUUGAUGAGCAAUUCUGUUGUAUUGUAUUUCAAGUGUGUGGAAAAUGUAUUUUUGUCAUUUUAGCAUUUCCAGUCAUAUGAUAUUCCAAGGUUCUGAGGUAUUCUUAUCCAGCUGAUUUUAAUGACUUUGCUGAUUUUUAUUCUUUGCUUGGAGAAUUCCACUUCCUUUCUAUAUUUUCUAGUAUAUACCACUUCCAUAUAUAUUUUAGAAAGUUAUCUGCUUGAAAAGUAAGAGUAGAGAUCUAUGUUUUGCCCAGUGGACUUGCUUUAGCCUAAAGCACCUCAGUAACUUGGUAGUGAAAUUGUCCAUGGACGACCCAUUCCCUAGCUGCUGGAGGUAUUUCUGCUUCAUAUGUUAAUGUGAUAUAUGUUGAAACUAAUGAGAUAAUACACAUAUAUGAAGAAUUAGAUUUAGGUCUUCCUUGUCAAAUUAGGGUCAGUUUAUUCUUAAAGCCCAGUCCUUGUUAUUUUCUGUUAUGUAUUUUGGUUCAUUAAUGUUUUCCGACUUUAAGCUGUACAUUUUAAAUUGUCCAUACAGACACGGAACACAAUGCCAUUGAGUUGUAUUCAUACUUUUUAAAUUGACUUAUAAAUCAAUAUUUAGGUCAUAUUUAACAGUAUUUAAGAUUUUAGUCUAUAUCCUUAAAUCCUGCAAUAUGUCUUUUCUCUGAGAGUAGAAAUUAGUAGUGAUUGUCCAAGUACACUAUAUUAUCUUUAAAAGGUUGUUUAAAUUAUUUCCAUGUAGCUAACAUUAAGCAAAUAAGUCCUGGGAUAACUAUUAUCUGUUAAGAAAUAUUAGAUGUCAUUUAAUUAGAGAAUGAAAUAUAACUCAGGUUUUAGGUUUAUAGAAUUUUUACCAUGAUGUAUCAAGAUUAUAUUGCAAGCAGUGAUGAAUUUCUAUUUUUAAAGCUAUCAACCAGCCCUUUUUUAAUGUUUGUCUUUUUUGUAAAUAUUGGAUUUUUUUUUUCAGCCUGGCUAAACAUGCAAAAUUCUGUGGUGUGCUCAUGUAAGUUUUUUUUUUUUUUUUUAAACUUAUGUAGUUCUUCUUAUUUAUUUUUGUCAUCUAGGCUUUAUAUACUUUGUCAAUAUUGCUCAACAAAUGAAAUAAAAUUUAAAAAAAAAAAAAAAAAAAAAGGAAAGGAUACACAAUGCAUUUCAGAUUUUUAUUACCAUUUCCAUUAGUAACCUUAUAAAUGACUUACUAAUGUAUAAGCAGAUUUUGAUGCAUUUAUUACAAUGGUACAGAAAUACCAUUGUUGUACAAGGUAAAUACCAUUGUGUGCUGCACAUGUAGUGAACAGCAGAUGGCGCAGGGAUACAUGUGAAAUUUUUCAGUCGUGAAACAAGUAGUCAUUCGUCAGCUUUUAACAAGCCUGUGAGCUGCAGUCAUUCUUUCCUACAGACGGCAUUUUCUCUGGCUGCACAUUUCAGCAUUUUGACAAGUUUGUCGGCUGGAGCUAACCCAUAUAAGCCAACUGGCAACUCAGAGUGCUGCGGUCUAUAGUCUCCCCUUUAAAAAAAAAAAAAAAUCACACUUAGACACAAAAAAUGUACUUUCUACCAGGGACUAAAUCCUACAUCCAACACCUAACUUACUUACUCACUGAAUAUAUUAUGGUUUAAACAAUUUUAAACAAUAUAUAAACUCUUAAAAUGCAUCUUGCUUUACGUUUCCUUUAGGUGCUCCUUGUCAGAGGUUCUGAACCUUCUCGUCAUUGACGCAUGCAUUAUUAUUAGUGUUACAGUUGUAUAUAUUUUCUCUUUAUCUGGAAGAACAGACACGCUCAUGCUUCUAGGAUGUACUUACACCUGUACUUCACAUUAAAUAAUUCUUAUUGUAAUCUUAUCAUGACUUAUAUGUGGCUUUGAAA